UAUGAAAUUGCAGUUACUGAAGGGGGCCGGGUCCGUUGAAGGAGUUGAGCAUGCUCGGACGAGUAAUUUCGGUUCUGUAGGUUGAUGCCAAAGGCGAUUUUAUUUUUAGCCCGCAGGUGGAGAGGAGGAGGAUCCCGGGAAUAUCUGGUUGUCUGGUGGUGGCUCUGCUGCAGGUGGUGAUCUGUUUUCUUUAGCGGAGCGACAGUGCGGGAGGGGAGGGGAGGGGAGGGGAGGAGAGGGGAGAGGGGAGAGGCGAGGAGAGAAAAGGACUGAAUGAUUGAAAGACAGAAUUUGGGUGCCAAUUGCGGUCCGUUCCAACAGAGAGGAAGACGAGUGAGCGGACUUUCUCAUCAGCAACACAAACAGAUAGCAUAGACUAGCCUAGAGUGUGUGAGUUUGUGCAGUCGCUGCUGGAGAAAGCUCCUCGUCACAAAGACAUCUUAGUUCAUCUAUAGAGAUUUGAUUGCUAGGUAGAUAGAUAGACAGAUAGAUAGACAGAUUAAUCGAUUGACAGCUGCUAUCCGACCGCGGUAGAAUUUUGCACCUAUAGACGGUCAGAGAGAAGCAGAGCGUGGCAGAUCCGACAGACCUUUCGAGGACCAGAGGUGGAGGAAUUGAGGAAGAAUUCUGAGCAGGUGGCGAAGAGCAACAACAACAACAACGACAUUUCUGGGGCAGGAAGGAGCAUGACGAGCUAAUAGGAAUGGGAAAUGGCAUCCAGCAAUAGUGCUGAAGACGAAAAUUCUAGUAGACGGGUUAAUCUUAUAGCAAUGACGACGCCCAAUUUAAACGCUACAGCAACUUUUAAGGCAGGUAUGCUGGAUUUGGAGAGACGAAUGAAUGCUGCAGGCGACAAACGAUCUUGCGUGACAUGCUUUGGCCGACAGAACUCUAUGCACAAUCUCGGAAGACCAUCGCAAGUGCAAAUGUCAGGCAAGAAGAUCCUGAAGGCGCUCUCGUCUUUCUCGUGUAUUUCCAGUAAGAGCAUAUCCAUGUCUAACUCCCCUUCCAAACGCGAACAACAACAGCGCUCCCUCGAUCUCAAGGAUGGCGUUGUCAAGAGAAGUCCCGCUUUUGAAGAUAAAGGCAAAAGCGACCAGCGAAUUCUGCUGAGGAUUGUCAUGUGGGGAGGCCCUAACACUCUACUUCUCCUAGCGCCCUUCGAUGCGCCCGCCGAAAGUGUGAUAGAAAUGGUUCUGGAUUCUUAUGUGAAAGGCGUCGGCCUGCACGAGUGCCAAGAUUACGAGCUUUUUUGCGCUCACUGCAACUCACCUGCUCUGCAUCCGAAGCAGACAAUUGGCAGCGUGGGUUCCAGACAUUUCCUUCUGUGCAAGAAGGGACCCGGCGUAGUUGGGCCCAACUACUUCAACAGCAGCUCUCAAGUUGCCAAACAUUCUCACUCCUCGGUUGGUCACCACCACUCACGACACAACCACAACUCCCACUCUCAUUCGGGCUCCACGGCUCUCUCUUCUCGUUCCCAUUCUUUCCGGUCUCUUAGCCAUUCCAACUCUUCUUUGUCGACGUCGUCCAUGGCCCAACAUGGAAGGUCGCACUGGUGGAACCCUGUAAAAUGUCUCAGUAUCGGUGGCCACCACUAGAUCGAUCAGCUGCCAACUGCCGCUCCUUCAAGCUAUGUAGAACGAUUCUUUUUCUAUCAGGAUCAUCAACCUCUGUAAAAUAUAGCGCUUGACACUGAGGAGAGCUGUGUUCCUGCAUGCUCUUGCAUCUGCUACCCCUACGAAAGAUUCACACCGGCAGGAGGACUUCGCAGUGAAAGUUAUACGACGAGAGUUUUUUCUAUUACCAGUCUCCAGCGUUGCGCUUCACGACCUAUAUACUAUACUUUCAGCAGUUCUGAGGAAAAAGAGUCCAUUAUGUGCGCUUACGAAGUGGUCAGAAGAAGCAUGAGCGAGGGACGACCUGACGGGGCAGCAGCUGUUCGCAGCUCUCGACUCCCCGGCCGGAGCUUCGUGCUGGGGCUCUUCCUCUCACGCUCGCUCGACAUUCUAUUCUCCGGAGGGUGGGCAGAGGGCGAUCGCUGCGCCGCGCUGCGGCGUCGACCCCAUCAUUCCAGCGGUCGAGUCAGUCAGGCACAGCUGCUGCUGGCCAUCAACCUUGAUCAGGUCGGUAAGUACAUCUUCCGUGUGGUGUAUAGCAAGAUGAGCAUAUCCGUCUCCGGCAAGAGACGGACCCAACAGACCAGUCGAUUACCAGGACAGACUGACAAAGAAGGCAUUAGGUGUGUUAGGAGUUUUGCCGAAGGUAGACAAACAGACUUUUAGGAGUAGAACAGAGUAAUCUAGAUGUAGAGUCGUAGAUUAGCGCAGAGCAAGACCGAUAGAAGGACAGAUAGAUAGGCUAGUUUAGUGCAGGUUAGGUAGAUUAGGAGGUUCCAUAAAUAUUGACAUGGUUACGAGCGAGAUGUAGCAGCAGUGGCCAGUGGGUGGGAGGAGUUUGGAUACGAUUUGUCUGGACGACGGAUGAGUCGUCUCGUGGGUGGACUGAUUGGGGUGGGGAGGGGACGGGAGGUUCUGGAUUCCGGAAGUGUUCAUCCCAGUGGACAGGACACUCGUUGACGGAGCUUCGCCAGUCUUCAUGCUCUCACUCUCCCAGUUCUCAGCGACGAUGAUGGCAACAGCAUGAGCUGCCCAAGAAUUCUCAAAGGUGGACUCAAUCUUCAUCCAAACCUCUUCUUCUUUCCACUUCUGCUGCUGCACCAUCUCUCCAAAGACCCUGCAGAGUCUUUUAUAUCUCUCCAGGAGCAACUUCCAGAGACUACGAAUGAUUCUAACAAUGACCCCCAGGUCGACAGCAUUUGGGAGUAAUCAUCCUCUCCCUUCGUGCAGAAAGACAGAAAGAAAGAAGUUACUUAUCUUCGCCUUUUAUCCCUUCUCCAUCAUCAUCAUCAUCAUCACUAUUCUUCAGUUACUCUUCUACAUGUGCGAGUGGAAAGACCAACCGACCAAUUUGUGGGACUUCCUCGAGACCACACCAGCAGAGAGGGAUCGAGCAAGGUUCCCAUGAUUCAAGAGGUUCCGGUCUCUUAGUUGGUCCUGGCUUUCCAUUAACUUCACAAACUUCACUGAAUCUCGGUGUAUUAACUUCACGGUUGUUAGAUUAACGUCACAGUGGUCGUUCUUCGUCUAAAAGACCGACCACCUAAUUUUACCCGUGGCUCUGGUGCCUGUAAUCGCUCCACUUAUUUCAAGAGGAGAGGACACAGGUCUCCACAUCCUCCGAUGAUUUGGAAGAGGAGCGCACGAAUCUUAUGCAUGCCCUGCAAUGCAGUCUUUCGAAUGAUGGCAUAUGACCACAUGUAGCAAGACUGUCUAACUGAAAGUAAUAAGAGACAUACGGACGUUUUGUCUUCUAAUAAGAGCUCUCAUAUUCUGCCAAUCCGUUUGUGAGCGGGAAAUCAGUGGUAGGUAGGGGUAUGAAUGAUCUGUGAACUCGAUUUCUCUCUUUCUCUUCCGCAGCUGUUUACAUCAUUCCUCUAACGUCAUUAUGUCACCUUACCUCACCGAGCUGAUUGUUGUCACUGUCCCCGGUCUGAACGUCGACCACAUGCGAUGAAAAGUCUGGCUCUGGCAUGGAGGAGGACCUGUCGAGCAUGUCAGUGACGGACCUAACUACGAUGUAGACCGCAAAUGACAUACAUGUGAACAGCAACAGUUCCACCCAAGAAAAGAUGUUACAUAGCACUGCAGCAAGACACCAAUUGCACUAGCCACCCACUUGCUUCCAAUCGCAGAUUCCCAACCGUCCUCGACAGUUCAAGCGACUUAGCUCUACCGGAAUGCGUCUAGGAUGGUAGCAAUUCAGUCUAUAGUUCUAUAUCAAAGAAUACUAAGCUCGUGCGGGAAGGUACUUGGAAGGACUGGGCUGUACUGUACAUACCUCCUGCACAGGCUUCCAGGCAAUAUGAAGCAAUUCAGUACUACGUCAGA